GCUAAAAUUAACCCAAUCCGGUUUCCGUAUUGGACCGCCUCGUAUACAAAAAGCACCCGAACCGUGUCCUCUCUUUCCCUUAUCGCAUGUUUACCCCUCUUUCUCGAUCCCCAACUUAGCCCGAAAAUCGAUCUCCGAUUUUCUCCUAAUUUCUUCCUCUAAUCUGUAAAUCACGUACAUAUCUUGUCGAUUCUCGUUCUUCUCUUUCCGUCGAUCUAUCUUUCUAUCGCAGCCGUUGGUUUUUCGCCUUUCUAGGGUUAGGGUUGUUCAAUCUCCUCGAUUGUGUCCUUUUUGCUGCUCGACGUCUAUGGGUUUAGUUUUCACUUCGAUUUAUGUUGAUUUCCCUCUUUGAUUCGGUCUAAUUUUGUCCGAUUGUUCUCGAUUCGGUUUCCGUUCUGGGUUUGGAUUUGUUCGGUCCUGUUAGUUUCGUUUCUCUGUAAAUUCUUAGAGGGUUUUGGUGUUUUACGUUGCGGCGUUAUUGUUUGGAGGAGUUUUAUGCCGUAAUUUUGUCGUUUCCUCGGCCAAUUGGGAAUUUAGGGUUAGGGUUUUCUUGUAAAUUUAGGGCUUCUGCUGGUAGUCAAAUUUAGGGAAACCGCCUGUUUCCAUAGGGAAAUCAAUUUUAGUGCGUAAUUAACUGCUACCCUUGUCUCAAUUUAGGCUUCUUGGGCUUUUAAUUGAUCCCUGAUUUUUUCAGUUCCAUUUCAAGUAGCUUAAAGUCAAUUCAACACAAUUUAGAGGUUGUAAAUGGGAUUUAAGCGGCCUUUUGAUGAUGAGGAGCUGCAGGAACUUCCUUUCAAGAAUCCAAGGCAGUUUGACUAUAGCAACAAGCUGACUCUUUUUGUUGAUACAAUUCAUUGUAGCAAUACUCCUCAGAAGCCUCAUAUUUCAGAGGUUGAGAAUGGAUUUGGUAAAUACCAAAGCAAUGAAGCAUUUGAAAGGGGUGCUCUUAAUAAUGAUGCAAAUUUGGUUGACAAGGAUUUUGAGACUAGUGCUCCCUUGUCUUUGGUCACUAGCACUUCUAGUGAGGAAGAUACAGGUAAUGGGGCAGCAGCUAUUUCGCAUGUUUCUUCAGAAUAUUUUGACUUUUUUUUCCCACGAAGAACAUUUGCUUCUGUUGAGGAUGCCUAUUCUUUACUCUUGGAUCGGUCUCCUCGAAGACAAGUUCCUCUUGGGCCAAAUCAUCAAGCCAAUGUUCCAUCAUGGGGUAGCCACAUAAAGAAGGACAAGCUUGCUCAGAAUGAUGCAUCAGACACCACUGAUAAUGACAAUGAAGAGAUUCUGAUGGGGACAUGUGUCAUUCCAAUGCCUGACUCAGAUUUGUCUGCAAACAACAGUGGCAAAGUUGGUGCCGGGAGAGCUGACUGUAGCUGCCUGGAUAGGGGAUCUUUUAGAUGUGUGCGACAGCAUGUGACGGAAGCACGAGAAAAACUACGAAAAUCCCUUGGGCAUGAAAAAUUUAUGAAGCUGGGGUUUUAUGACAUGGGCGAUGAUGUAGCAUAUAAAUGGAGUGAAGAAGAUGAAGAUAUCUUUAAUGAGGUUGUUUAUAGUAAUCCUGCAUCAUUAGGUAAGAAGUUUUGGAAGCACUUGUCAGUGGUGUUCCCAUCACGUUCCAAGAGGGAGCUUGUCAGCUAUUAUUUCAAUGUCUUUAUCCAUCAGAGACGAGCUGUUCAGAACAGAUCCAGUAUUCUGGACAUUGACAGCGACGAUGAUGAGUGGCAUGGAAGUCAACAGGCUUAUGAAGUUCAAGCUUCAGAGGAAGAUGACAAUUCUGCUAUUGAGUCUUUUGCUGAUCAGGAAGAUCUGUUAAAUCAUGAAGGGCAGUGUCUUGAAGAUGAUGAUGAUGAUGAUGACGAUGACAAUGAUGAGGAUGAUGAUGAUGAGAGUGGUGACUCUGAUGGUGAUAGUGGUGUUGGAGAUUAUAGCAAUGCUGCAACAAGAGAGAAUUAUGGUGUAAAUCUUUUGGUAAAAGGACAUGCUGCUAAGUCAUUUGAUGAGAGCAGGUUUGAUCCUGCUUUUCAACAAACAAACAAGAUUUCAGGAAUAGGGGAGGAUUUCAAUGUCCAGGAUGACUCAUGCAUGUCUUUUGAGUUUCAGCCAAAUAUGGUUGACUCGCAUACAAAGGCCAAUUUGCAUGUUAGUGGGGGGAAGAGCGACCUUAACAAGUGUUUGCAAGGUAAACUAGAUGGGUCUAGUGAGCUGGUGAACCAUGUAUAUUUAUUGGAUACCUGUGAUGCGAAAAUCUGGGAUGCUAGGUAUCCUUCAGCUUCAACAAAAGGUAUUGAUCUCCAGCCGACGUGCAACAUUAUUGAAGAGAUUUUUGGACAAGACAGUUGGGACAGCAAGACGAGAAAUGAAUAAGCAUCAGAUGGUAGCUCUUGAGAAGUCCCGAAUUUUAUCCUGAGAGGAGGCUGAGAUUUUGGUUUUAAAAUUUUUUUCUUACUUUUUUCCCUGUAAAUUCAUUUACUAAAUGUAUUUUGCUUCAGCAGUGCUCUUAAUGGGAUCUUUCUGCUUUUGUAAAUGGCACAGCAGCACAGCACUCUACACUCUGUGGUGUCAAAAGCUACGGGUAGUCUUUUCUUGGACUAUUUAGCUCAAAUUUGUUAGAAUUUUCUGUGAAUAAAGUAACUUCGAUUGAAUGACAUUGACUUGUAUAAAAAUACUGGUGAUAGCUUAUAUAAAUAUACAUGGCUCUUGUAUAGAUGAAUUCAUUACCAAACAAUAUACCAAUGAGAGGCUUUCUUGUUUUGUAUUAUUU